AGCAGGCUGGCCCAGCUUAGGCAGGCCACUAGGCAGGGAGGGGAUUUCCUCCCGCUCCCUCCCCCUUACGAACCUGCCUGGACGAUUUUAGUUCAGGGAGGGCGGGAGGAGAGCCGGGCAGGCUGCAGCUCCUUGGCCGCCUGAAGAGCAACAUCGGACGGCAGUGAGGCACGGCUGUGCCUCGGCCUCCCCAGGUGGAGGGAGGACCAGGACAAUGGCUGCUGCUCACAAUGUGGAGAUGGAGAGCAUGAAUCUGGACACGGAGAGAGAGGGAAAGGAAGAGCAGGAGGAGGAGAAAAUGAGAGAGGACGGGGAAAGUAAAGCCUUCCCCAGGAGCAGAAAGGUCCACAGGAUGGUCUCUAAGUGGAUGCUCCCUGAGCCAGCCCGAAGAACAUACCUGGAGAGAGCCAACUGCCUCCCCCCGCCGCUCUUCAUCAUCUUCAUCAGCCUGGCUGAGCUGGCCGUGUUCAUUUAUUAUGCUGUGUGGAAGCCCCAGAAGCAGUGGAUCACUCUGGACACAGGGAUCUUGGAAAGUCCCUUUACGUACCGACCUGACAAGAGGGAGGAAGCCUGGAGGUUUAUCUCAUACAUGCUGGUCCAUGCUGGAGUCCAGCAUAUCGUGGGAAAUCUUUUUAUGCAGCUCGUUCUGGGUAUCCCCUUGGAAAUGGUCCACAAAGGCCUCCGAGUGGGGCUGGUAUACCUGGCAGGAGUGUUGGCAGGUUCCCUUGCCAGCUCCAUUUUUGAUCCCCUUAAGUCUCUUGUGGGUGCUUCAGGAGGAGUCUACGCACUGAUGGGAGGCUAUUUUAUGAAUGUUAUAGUGAAUUUUCGAGAAAUGAUUCCUGCCUUUGGGAUCUUCAGGCUUCUCGUCAUCAUUCUGAUAGUUGCAUCAGACAUGGGAUUUGCUCUCUACAGAAGGUUCUUUGUCCCUGCAAAUGGGUCUCCGGUGUCCUUCGCCGCUCACAUCGCAGGAGGAUUUGCUGGGAUGUCCAUUGGUUACACUGUGUUCAGCUGCUUUGACAAGACCCUGCUCAAGGACCCCAGGUUUUGGAUCUCAAUUGCUGCGUAUGGAGCUUGUCUCUUAUUUGCUGUGUUUUUUAACGUCUUUCUGUCCCCAGCAAACUGACUUGCCUCUAACAAAAGCCAGUUAAUAGAAGUGCCAUGUAGGGGGAGGGGAGAUGGAAAACUUUUCGAAGAAACACGGAUAUCCCAGCAUACGUUAAGAACAUUAUAAAGAAGACAGGGACAGCGUCUGACUCAUCAUUUCUGAGGGGAGCUUCCAAUGGGAAGGGAAAAAAAGAUUGGGUCCUUCAUGCAUAGAAUAUGCGUGUAUUAUCCUGUGAUGGAGACUUGAUAUCCUUGGAGGAUCUGAUUUGGAACUUGUUUGAGACUCCAUGAGAACUGUACUAUCCUGAUAAUAAACACUU